AUGGCCAGUUCAGACUCCUGUCAGAUUCUGAGACGCUUCAAGUUGAACGGGAUGUACAAGGAUGGAGACUUUAUCAUAGGUGGUCUGUUUGAGGUUCAAUACCUCAAAGCAUUCCCAGUGCUGAGCUUCACAACUGAGCCAGAACUACCACAGUGUGAGCAAUUUUAUAUGACAAGCUUUCAGCAGGCACAGACUAUGGUUUUUGCCAUAAAUGAGAUCAACAAUAAUCACAAUCUGCUGCCCAACAUUACGCUUGGUUACCAAAUCUAUGAUAACUGUUUACGACUUGGAGUGGCAUUUCGUGCUGCCACAGCUUUGAUAAGUGGGGCAAAGGAGUCCCUCUCUCAUCUAAACUGUACUGGACCACCACCAGUGAUUGGGAUCAUUGGAGAUCCAGGUUCCACUCAUUCUAUAGCAAUCUCCAGUGUACUGGGGUUAUUCAGAGUGCCUAUGGUUAGCUAUUAUGCCACCUGCUCCUGUUUGAGUAACAGGAAGAAAUAUCCCUCCUUCUUCAGAACUAUCCCCAGUGAUGCCUUCCAGGUCCGAGCUAUGAUUCAGAUCUUGAGACAUUUUGGAUGGACCUGGAUUGGUCUUCUGUAUAGUGACGAUGACUAUGGUAAAUAUGCCGCUCAAUCCUUUCAUCAGGAUGUUCAGCUGUUUGGAGGAUGUGUGGCUUUCUCUGAGAUACUACCUACUGAUAACAACCCCAAGGAAAUACAACACAUAAUACAUGUUAUGCAGGACUCCAUAGCAAAGGUUGUGGUUGUGUUUUCCACUUCAAGCUAUUUGUUGCCCCUUGUUGAUGAGAUGCUGUUGCAAAAUGUGACAGGCAUGCAAUGGAUUGCUAGUGAGGCUUGGGCCACUUCACCUGUGCUUCUUGCUGCACGGCUUAAACCUGUCCUCGGGGGCACACUGGGUAUUGCCAUCCGACGUGGAGAGAUUCAGGGACUGGGUGAUUUUCUACUAUACCUUCGCCCUGACAACAAUUCACAGAAUAAUAUGGUCAGAAUCUUUUGGGAACACAUGUUUGGGUGCAGAUUUGAGGCUGGAGACAGUACAGCAAAAAACAUUUGUACAGGGCAAGAGGAUCUGAGCAGCACAAACACAGCAUACACUGAUGUAUCAGAGCUAAGGGCUUCAUAUAAUGUGUAUAAGGCAGUUUAUGCCCUGGCACAUGCACUUCAUGACCUGAUGCAGUGUGAGGAGGGGAGAGGACCAUUCAGUGACAACACCUGUGCUGACAUAACAAACCUGCAGCCCUGGCAGGUGGUCUAUUACUUACAGAAGGUAAACUUCACCACAGGUUUUGGAGACCGUGUGUCAUUUGAUAAGAAUGGAGAUGCUCUGGCCAUCUAUGAUGUAUUGAACUGGCAGCCGAGCGCUGAUGGGUCAAUCAUCGUCCGUACAGUCGGUGUGGUGGAUGAAGGGGCGGCAACAGGGAAGCCUCCACGGUCUGUGUGUAGUGAGAGCUGCCCACCAGGCACCAGACGAGCCAGGAGGAAAGGACUUCCUGUCUGCUGUUUUGACUGCCUGCCAUGUGCAGAUGGAGAGAUUUCUAAUACAACAGAUUUAACUGAAUGUGUAGCAUGUCCGAAUGACUUCUGGUCGAACCCAAAUAAUGAUCGCUGUAUCCCUAAAGAAGUGGAGUUUCUGUCAUAUGAGGAACCUCUGGGCAUCUCCCUGACCACUGCCUCUCUGCUCGGCACCUGCUUCUGUGCUGUUGUCACCAUCGUUUUUGCCCAUCACCGCAAAACACCUGUAGUACGUUCAAAUAAUUCAGAACUCAGCUUCCUGCUGCUGCUGUCACUCAAACUGUGUUUCCUGUGUGUGCUGCUGUUUAUUGGCCGACCGCAGUUGUGGACGUGUCAGUUAAGACAUGCUGUGUUUGGCAUUAGCUUUGUUUUGUGCGUCUCCAGCAUUCUGGUCAAGACUAUGGUGGUAAUAGCCGUGUUUAAGUCAUCUCGACCAGAGGGUAAAGGUGCUAUGAAGUGGUUUGGUUCAGCGCAGCAAAGAUGCACAGUCUUGGUCUUAACUGCCCUUCAGGUGGUGAUUUGCGCAGUCUGGUUAUCAUCUGCAUCUCCCACACCCCAUAAAAACAGCCUGUAUAUCAGGUCUAAAAUAGUGUUUGAAUGUGCUAUAGGGUCAGUGGCUGGAUUUUCUAUGCUGCUGGGCUACAUUGGGUUUCUGGCAGCCUUGAGCUUCAUAUUAGCUUUUCUAGCAAGAAAUCUUCCAGAUAGUUUUAAUGAAGCAAAGUUCAUUACCUUUAGUAUGUUGAUCUUUUGUGCUGUAUGGAUUGCGUUUAUUCCAGCUUAUGUCAGCUCACCAGGGAAAUAUGCAGUGGCUGUGGAGAUUUUUGCCAUCCUGGCUUCCAGUUUUGGAUUACUGGUGGCCAUAUUUGUCCCGAAAUGCUACAUCAUCCUCUUACAUCCAGAGAGAAACACUAAAAAAGCCAUAAUGGGAAGAGGGAUAGAGAAGAAAUAGUUUUAUAUGCUUGCAGUAAAAAUAUCUUUAUGACAUUGUCUCUAUGCUUUACUUGAAUAAACAGCCAUAAUCA